AUGAUCACCUUACCUAGAUCGAUCUCAGCUUUGCCCUUUGGUUCUCGGUCAAUUCCCAGAAGAUCGACGAGCUUCUCUCACUAUCGGCAGACCAGUAGCUCCUCUUCAUCUUCAGUCUCCGGUUUAGCAUGCUCUACAGAGGGCCGAGUGGGCCAUCUCAGUCUCUCAUUGCGGCUUCACAGCGUGGGCAUGAAGCAGUGUGUGAGAAAAGAAGGGAUUUCUAGAACCUGUUGGAUCUUGAAGCCUGGCACGUGGCUGCUAAGAGGAACCGCGUCUGGACUGUGUGUCAGCUUUGCAAGUGCACAGCCAGUGUCGGCUGAUGCUCCCAUGGCCGGUGACGGAGACGGUGAUGGGUCGGCCUUUCCCUUGUCCCAUGGGAAGAAAGUCUUCACAGACUAUGCUGUCACGGGUGAUCGAUUCAUUUUAUUUUUGGGUUCUUUGAGUUGUGCUUGAAGUCUUCGUACGUACCCCCUGAAGCAGGUGCUCUUCAUCAUCUUCCAGGCAUACCAGGUGAUGGGAGGUGUCUCUUCCGCUCGGUGGCUCAUGGGGCUUGCCUACGAUCAGGCAAGCCUGUGCCCGAUGAGGCCCUUCAGAGAGAACUCGCCGACGAACUACGUUCCAAAGUAUGCUUCCAAGGCCUCACGGCUCCAUAAACCUAACUCAUGAACUGGUCCCUGCACAAUUUCAUGCAUAAAAAGUAUUGAUCUAGCGUUAUUGCCCUCUUUCCUCCUGUCAAAUGCAGGUUGCUGAUGAAUUCAUCAAGAGGCGUGAAGAGACUGAGUGGUGAGUCAAGAGCCAAGGGAUUUGAGAUGAUCUACGUGCAUUCGGCUCUUAGUGGUGCUCUGAUUCAUGUGUUUUCCUCAUAUGCAGGUUUAUUGAGGGCGACUUCGAUUCAUACGUUUCACAGAUCAGAAAACCUCAUGCGUGGGGAGGAGAGCCAGAGAUACUAAUGGCGACCCAUGUCUUAGAGUUCGUUCCUCCACCUUCCUCUCCUCACCAUCUCAAAUGCAUGCAUAUAUCUGUCACGGUAUCACAGACACCUUCACAGUGUGGAGUCCAGACUGGCCCAGCCCCCUCCUAUGAAGCGAUGGAAAGCCCAGGCUCAGCCCAGAUGCUUUCUUUGUUGUUCUAUCAGUCUUUUUCACACGGUGUUUCCCUUCUUCAGGGUGCCAAUCACAGUCUACAUGUACAGCGAGGACUCAGGCGGCCUGAUAGCAAUUGCCGAGUACGGCCAAGAAUAUGGGAAGGAGAACCCAAUUAGGGUUCUCUAUCACGGCUAUGGGCACUAUGAAGCCUUGCAGAUUCCAUCAAAGAGGGGCCAGAUGUCAAGGCUUUGA